UUGGGACCCAGGCGAGACCGACCAGUGACUAGAAACUAGCCAGCAUAAUAGGUUUCUCGCGCGCGUAGCCAAGCUCUAGACGAAACUUCGCGCCAUAAGGAAUGAUAGCGAUAGUGCCGCAGAUCCCGUGACGACCGGCUAAGCAGUGCGAACCGCGCAUAAUUUAUCCCGAGGGACGAAGUGACGCGGGAGCAGGGACGGAGAGACACGAUAGCAGGGACUAAGAUACGCGAUAGCAGGGACGGAGAGACGCGAUAGCAGGGACGGAGUGACGCAGGAGCAGGGACGGAGAGACACGAUAGCAGGGAAGGAGAGACGCGAUAGCAGGGACGGAGUGACGCGACAGAACCUAGUGGCUGAGGCGAAAGCAAGGAGGAAACAGGGAGAGAGGAAAGUUGCAGGGGAGGGAGAGAGGAGAGCUGCAGGGGAGGGAGAGAGAGCUGUCGUUGGCAUGCCAAACAUCCUCCCCAUCCCCCUCUCGCUGGCUGUCCAGCCCUCGCCGUGAUAUCAACCCAGGUCCCUUCAUACGCCUUCUAUGUGCCCACCCUCCCAUGCCCCAACCCUCUCUUUACACCCAUUCUCACCCUCUCCCCCCAUCCCAUACUCUCCGUCAAUGCCCAUCUCCCUACACACUUCUUCACCGUGCACAUCCCCCCCUAUCCCACGCUGCCCUUCCUCUACAGUGAACAGAGACAAGAGCCUCCAUGGAGAUCGGAGUAUGGGGCCGGUUUAGUGGUUGGGGAGAUAUUAUCGCUGAUUUGCAACACUAUAAAUGCCUUUCUCAGAUAUGAUAUGAUACAUCAGGUAGCGAUUUGAGAAGCCUCCCCUCCCCUAAUCAUGAAUAAUACUACUCAAAGUGC